GCGAUCCGAUCGCAGUCACCAGAUCCACGUCGCAGUCGGUAAAGUAAACAACACACGCAUCACUCAUACGCAAAUACCGAACCCCAGGCAACCCGAAGUCCAACCAGCUCGCACGUGCCAUGUCACCACACACAGUCGCAAUGAAGUCGCUGGUUUGCACGUUCGCCUUCGCUCUAGUCGGUCUCGCAUCUUCCGUGCCCGUGCAGCAGCGAGAGGAUGGCGGUGGAGGCAGCGUUGAUACCGCUGUCGGCGGAGGGUUUGCCACGGUUCUGUGGUCGGUGCUGGAAGACUGUUUGGGCGGCGACGACUUGGACGAACCGACCGCGGUGUGCCUCAAGUACAGAGCGAUGACCGCCCUGGACCGGGCCCUUAGCAAACCGACCUUGGUUAUCGCCGACGGGCUGGUACUGGCCGCCCGGGCUGGCAAGUCCCUGACGAUCGAUCCGCAUGCGGAGAAGGCCGAUCGCGCAGCUCUGGACGCCGUCAAGGAUUCGAAUCGUAAGAGCGCCAUGUUGGACGACAUGCUGGCUACCCGAAUGGAAACACUCAUGUCUUCCAGGACCAUCGUGUUGGACGGCGCCGUUGGCCAAGAAGGUCGCAAGAAGAAGGACAAAGCCAUGCAACAAGCCAUGAUGAUGGCCGGUAUGAUGGCCGCUGCGGUGAUGGGUCCGAUGGCGUUGAAAAUCAUCAUGUUGAUGGCCGGCAAAGCCCUUUUGUUGAGCAAAAUCGCUCUAGUCCUGUCCGGUAUUAUUGCGCUCAAGAAACUACUUCAACCGCAACAAAGCGGUCAUGAAUCUGAGUCCCAUCAUUACGGCCGUAGCUUGCAACUCGACGCCCACGACAUGGCGUACUCGGGUCAGAGGCAAUAAACAUGAUUGGAUUGUAUUUAUUAUUUAUUUUUUUAACUAAAAUUCAGCUUGGUUUCGUCGUGCGAUAUGAACUGACGACAUUUCAAAACCUCUAGCAUAAUUAAUAUACAAUGAUUGUUUGU